AUACGCAACCGACUAGUCUCGUGUGACUUACACACAUCAACGUUGUCCAAUCAGUUCAAUCACACGGUACUGUGAUGGUCUGAGAUUUUCCUCGCAUUAACGCAAAUGUUUUGAAGUCUAUUCGACCGUGACAGCUCCGUGAUAUCAGGCGUAAUCUGCGAGUGCGCGCGCAUCAGUGCACGAGCACAGUUCUCAGCACCAAGGACAGCGUCUCUCACAGAGCAUCAGGUCACCCUUGACAAAACCUUGACUACGAUUCUAUCAGGGCAAGAGCGAAAGAAGUGAACCACAACAUUAACGCAAAACUGUUUUUCUUUUCCCACUCUCUCCGAAAAGAGAGUGCAUGUGAGAGACGACUAUCAACAGGAGCGAGCGUCAUUUUCUCCAAAGGCGCGCUGGCAUGGUCUUGUUGAAUGUGAACGGGUGUGAUGAGCGGGCUCAAUGAGUGAAGCUCAUUCCUCAGCGGAAUAGACGGAGCUGAUCGCAUUCCGGUGCUGCUGGAGAGGAGGACGCGCUGCGAGCGGAUCUGCCUCAUCAACGGACACCGACACGCAUCCUCCACGGGGCACUCGGCUCGACUUCUCUGCCAUCCAGGGCAAAAUGCGCCUGGUUCUGUUCGCCUUUCUCAUCUCGUGCUCCUGCGCGAGAGGCGGAUGCGAACCCAAGACUGUGAACAUUGGAGCUGUUCUGAGCCAGAAGAGAUAUGAACAAGUGUUCAAAGACGCCGUCACCCAAGCCAACAAUAUCUACGGCAAAGAUAAGUUCAAGAUGAACGCGAUUUCAGUCACCCAUAAGCCAAACGCCAUCCAGAUGGCACUCUCCGUGUGCGAGGAUCUCAUCUCUAACCAGGU